UACUCCAGCACUUUGUGUCUAUCAUCGGUGUAAAGCAGCAUCUGCAGUUCCUCCCUGCACAACUUUAGCCCGUCCCUGCCAUCCAUGUUGCAGGGUGACGCUGACUGAAGAUGGCAUCACGGUGAAAAGCAGCACAGGUGGGGCUGGAUCCACUGGUUGAGGAUUUAUCCACGGUGGAGAGAGGGGAUGAAGAGGCGCGAGCAGUGGAAACGAUGAAGAAUCGCACGAAGAAGAAGAUGAAAUAAGAAGGAGUAAGAAGUUUGUGCGUUGUCGUUCCACCAUGGACGUGUUUGUUGAUGUCCCAUCCAAUCUGUCCCACAGUAAAAUCAACUGUACCACUGAUUUUCUCAACAUCAGGGCAUGGUAUUUUAUUGUGGAAGUCUUCACAGCUUUCUUUGCCGUCCUGGGGAACAUUUUUAUCUGUUUUGUCGUGGUCAGGAACCGAAAGCUGAGGACAGUGACUAAUUUCUUCCUGGUGUCGUUGGCUGUGGCGGACAUGUUGGUGGGCGCAGUGGCGAUCCCGUGUGCCCUGCUGUCUGAUCUCGGCAUCCCGGUAUGCCGCUACUACCUGUGUGUCCUCAUGUUGUGCAGCAUAUUAGUGCUGACCCAAGCCUCCAUCUUCGGGCUGUUUGCCGUGGCGGUGGAGCGGUACAUUGCCGUGCUAGCCCCUCUCCGCUACCGGCAGCUGCUGACCAACAGGACCACGGCCAUGAUCAUCUUUGGCUCCUGGGCGCUGGCGGUGGUCAUCGGUCUGUUGCCGCUGAUGGGUUGGCGCAAGGCGGCUACGCCCAACGAGACGUGCAUCUUCUUCAACAUCAUCGACCAGGCCUACAUGGUCUACUUCAACUUCAUCCUCUGCAUGCUGCUCCCGCUGGUGGCCAUGUUUGUCAUCUACGCCAAGAUCUUCACCGAGGCCCGGAGACAAAUCAGGAGAAUAGCCGAGCGACACAUCAACAUCAGCGUGGAGGAAAAGCGCCGGAGGGUUGUCCGGAAGGAACUGCGGACGGCCACCUCCCUCUUCAUUAUUCUUUUCUGCUUCACCCUCAGUUGGAUUCCUAUCCACAUCAUCAACUGCAUUGAGCUCUUCUGUCCACAUUACCACAUCCCGACCCCUCUCAUGCUCGUCACCGUCGUCUUGUCCCACGCCAACUCGGUGGUCAACCCCAUAGUCUACGUCUUCAGGAUAAGGACCUUCUGGGACGCGUUCCAGGACCUCUUCCCUUGCCUGGGCUUGGUCGGCAAACACUUCAAGCCCGGCUUUACUGGCAUGGUUCAGAUGGCGCCGUUGGGCAACAGGUGCGAUGUGUUGCCGGGGAACUGAGGAUUAGGGGGUGGAUCUUCUGGGAAACUCUCCCCCCACCUGUACAGCAUGAAGAUGGGUCCAGAUCCCAAACGCUCUCCAAAGAUGCUGCCUGAUCGCUGGGUUUAUACAGGCAUGCAGCGUUGGAAACAGGCCCUUCGGCCCAACUUGUCCAUGCUGACCAAGAUGUCCC